AUGUCGUGUCGCCAUGCGCGUCGUUCUCGGUAUGAACCGCUUCACCCCUCGGGCAUCGUCGCCAGCAAGUCAAGUCAGGUCAGGUCAAGUCGAAGGAGUCAGAGGUCGGGCUGGGGCGGCGAGCUGAGCGUCGUCGGCGUUCGGCAUGGACACCCCGAGACGCAGAGCCGCCCGCCCGGUCAUCCGUCAUUCGGAACGCAGGACUCAUCAUCGACGACGACGACAACGACGACAACGACACGUGCCACGUCCUGGAGGCCACUCGUGGCGGGAGGGAGAGUGAUCUGCCCCAGGGUCUUCGGGGGCGGGCGGGCUCGUCACGCAUCACGCAUCACGCCUCCCCGCUAA